AUGGUUGGGAAAGGCGUUAAGGGCGCGCGGAAGGACGCUGGGCGGGUCGAGUCUGAUCCGGGAGGAGGUGGGAAGGCUGGGGAUGCAUGAGAUUCUUAAUCUCUAAAUCGUGGGUUCGAGUCCCACCUUGCGCAAAAGAUUCCUGCGUGGCAGGGGGUUCGACAAGAUGACCCUUGUGCCCCCUUCCAGGCUGUACAAUUCUAUGAUUCAAUACCCUCACGUUAACCCUUGGCGGGCUGGACGGUUCUGUGGACCCGCUCCUUUCCCUGGCCUGCCGCCCAGGGCAAUGAUGAAGACCCUGGAUGAAACGAUCAGGAAGAAACUAGCAAGCCAGAAAAAAACACCAAGAUAUUUUCUGAGCUGCAGGGAGGAGAGAAAUCGGUAGCACUUUUAAAUUCUUCCCGGAAUUAGAAAGGAGUUGUCUAUGGGCUGAGAGGUGCAAAAGAAUGAAAUUGGAAAUCCAAACGGGUGAUGGCUUUUUAAAGCAGCGCUCAUAUGUGCCUUACUUUCAGUUGCAAGAGCCCCAGCUUGACCUUCCUCUAGGUGAGCUUAUUACAGUAUAAGACCUUCUGGCGGACUGAAAGGAGGACUUGGCACCCCCUAAGGCUUUUGUUGGGAAGGAAGCACCGCGUCGGUGUAAAAGGGGUUUCCUCCCAAGGAAAUGUGUGCUUAAUUUAAGGGUCGAGGCACAUAGAAAGCAAUCGAUGGUGAAUAGCUCCCGAAAGGAUUGGCAGGGUUAGCGAACAGGUUGACAAGCAAUGGUGGACUCCAACUCCCAUCAAGCACAGCCAAUGAUGGGGCUGUAGUCUGGUUUCUCAGCCAACUUUUCUCCCUUCCUUCAAAGGUUUGUUUGAAGCAACAGUCCAGAAAUGGUGCGACAGGUCUUGACCCUGUGACCCACACAUUCAUUUGUUUUCGAUGGGAUUUUAUCACAACUAACUUUGCUGAAUGCUAAAAUAAAAAAGAAUCUCCAAACUAGACCCAAACAAAAGUAUAGAAGACUUGAUGACGCAUUAAAAAAAUAAUUUGCAAACUCUUUUAUCAAGAAGGGCUGGAGCAGGUAAAACUACGAUAAACUCAUUACAUUGAUAGCUCAGUCCUAUGUCUACUUAGAAAUAGGUCCCACUGAGGUCAGUUUCAAACAUGCUUACAAAGAAGUAAGACUGCAAUCCUAACCAUGUCUACUAAGAAGUACCAUUGAAUUCAAUGAGGCUUAUUCCCAUCUAAGUGGGGUUAGGAUUGACUGAACACACUGGAACUUGCCUCUCAGUACACAUGCAUAGGAUUAUAUUCUAUGAGGACACAAAAAUACUACUUAGACUGUAUCUGUGAGAUGUAUUUGAUAUCUAUGUAUGUAUGAUUUAAAUAUACUGCUAAAGUCUCUUUGGCCAAAUAUAUGUCGCUCAAAUAGGAAAAUCUGACAUUGUCUAAGAAAGAAGGAGUUCACACAUGUAGAGUUCAUCACUGAAAGACUGUAGGCUCUCCCAGGCUGCCCUCCAUGUCCUGCAGCCUGAGUCUGAACAACCUGGCUACAGGCACCUGCUCUCCUUGGUUCUGAAGAUACAACCACUUGUGUGGAUUUAGGAUGUACCCCUCUACAUCUACAGAAAUGCAUUGAUAAUGGAGAGAGAAACAAUUCUCUUGAUAGCCUCACCUGUAAGAAAGUUUUUACAGUGUUUUAUUUUACAUUUAUAUCCCACCUUUUCUCCAAGGAGCUCAAGGUGAUGGCAUACUUCUCCUCAUCUUAUUCCCACAGCAAUCCUGUUAGGUAGGUUAGGCUGAGAGAGUGCAUAACUGGCCCAAGGUCUCCCAGGUCCUAGUCCAACACUCUAACCACUAUACUACAGUAGCGGUUUGGGGCUAACUGCCACCUAAAUGGAAGGGUGAAUGAUCUUGGUGGUAAGAUCUUAAAGCCAGAAAAUGUGUGUGUGUGUGUAUAACCUUUUGGCAACUUUGCGCCUUUGCAACAAGAAUAGAAGUUAAUUCACAGUUAACUAAAGAAGUUUCCUUUUGCUUCUGGUGUGCCCCCCCCUUCAGGGGGUAGAAGGGAUUUAAUUGAACUUUUAAGUUCAGUUACGUACAUCUCCUUUCCCUGUCUCAGUCAAAUGUGUGUGUGUCACCUUUUUAAUUUUCAAAUUGCAGAAUCAAUCUAGUUUACUCAAGCUGUUUAAAUAUCAGAACUGAACGUGAGGGAGGGAGGCUUUACCUUACUGGCUUAUUAUUAUUUUUAAAAAAUAAUAAUUCUGAUUUAGAAUAGGCUGGAUUAGCAUGGAUAUGGCAUUUUCAAGGACCCUGCCACUAUUAAAUAGACUGUUAAGUGCAUUUUAUGGUUGGUGAGGCCGUUCCCCUUUCUAUCUGGAGAGACGUGCUAAGUUCAUGUCUACCUGCUACAUUACACACUCGUUGACUAAAAUACUUCCUGUGGAUGUAAUACCAAUGCUCUGUAUCUUUUAAGUACAUAACGCUAACUGUUUUAGGACUAGUAAAACCGAACUUCAUAAAAGUCCCUAGAACCUCAAAGCUGGAGACAGGGGUAUCAUUUGGAUUUAGACAAUUAUGUGCUUUAUUAAGGGGAGUUGAUAUCAAAAGGUGAUCAGGAACAGUGUAAAAAAGGUAGGUCUGUAGAUUUUGCAUCAAGCCUUAAAAAUCCUGGGGAUUCUGCCUUCCACAUUUCACAAAGCAUAUUUUCCACCACUGAGCUACGGCCCUUCCCAGUGGCGGAUAGAUGUGAGGGGACCAAGGUGAGGCAAAAGACCAGAGAAGAGAUGACUCUGGUCAUGGAACAGAAUUUUUGCUGAGGGGAUAGAGAGGAAGGGCCAUCUUCUGCCAUGUUCUGAAGGCAGAAGUGGUAAGACUUGUUGAUGGGCUGAAUAUGUUGAACAAAGGAGAAAGCUUAUAGGACUGUUGUAACCCUUUCCCUAUACAGUGGUACCUUGGGUUACAUACGCUUCAGGUUACAUACGCUUCAGGUUACAGACUCCGCUAACCCAGAAAUAGUGCUUCAGGUUAAGAACUUUGAUUCAGGAUGAGAACAGAAAUUGUGCUCCGGCGGCACAGUGGCAGCAGGAGGCCCCAUUAGCUAAAGUGAUGCUUCAGGUUAAGAACAUUUUCAGGUUAAGAACGGACCUCCGGAACGAAUUAAGUACUUAACCCGGGGUACCACUGUAAAUAUCACCACACAUUUCAGAAGGAUCAGUGUGCUGAACAUGUGUACACAGAACAUGGACAAUUGGAAGACAUUGAGCAGUUCCAUGGAGUAACAAAUUCUGCAUCCACCUCUUGCAUCAACAACAUUAGACUGUAUUAACAGAGUUUAUAUGCAAACAUCAUCUGCAUCGAUAUGUACACCUUGACCCCAAUAUGUAGUCACCAUCUGGUGGCUGCAGACUAAUUCAGAGCUCACCAUUUGGCUCACUUAUUUUCAAAAUAAGAAUACCAGGCAUUGAUUCCACUAAUUAAAAUUGGAUUUCAAUGAGAAGGAAUUUGAAUUCUAUUAAUUUAAAAUGUCUUAUAAAUGAAAACCAAUCAAGCAAUUUGUUAAAGACACGGCAGUUUAUCUUUCUGUUUCUCUCCUUUUCUGUAUUUAGCUGGCCUGAUACUUAGACUAAAAGUGUGCAGGCGGUUGCUUAGGAUACUUACUUUAAGGACAUUAACAAGAGACUGGACAAUGUAAAGCACACAUUUCCUCCUAGAGGUGAGCAGCAUUGACUAUCUGCCAUGCUUUCAUCUAGUCUAAUGGAAAGGCUGGUUUCUGAGUUUCAAGGCCUAUUGUGUAAAUUUAGGGAGAAAAUUCUCAAGUUAUAAAGCUCUUCUGCAAUCCUAAUCCCUAAUCCCACUAAAAUGGGAGUACGUUCCACUGAAUUCAAUAGGAUUGACUUCUAAGUAAACGUACUUAAUAUUGCAGUGUUAGUUCCUUCUACUACAGGGGCAGGCUUGAAGAAUCUCCAUAGCUUUUCACUAGAACCCUGACAGCCUAGUGGUGGAUGGCAGGAUCAACUGUCUGCCCCAUUCCACGAGCAACACAUGGGGACAACCUGCAUAUUUAUAGUACUGUACAAGUACAAAUCUGAUUCUGAAUGACAGAUCAGGGUGGGACUUGAAUGCAACAUUUUAUACCUGGCCUGCAUAACUUUCCAAGGAUCUUAUCAAUAAUUGAUAUUUUGCAGGCAAGGAACACUUAGGCUGAGAGGUAAGUGAUUAGUACAACACCUGCCAUGGCACUGGGAGAUUUUUCAUUUUCAUUUUUCUUGCCAAUCUACUACAAAGCCGUCAGAAUUCUACAAGCAGAUCCUGCUUCCAUUCUAUAAAAUAUCCUGAUCCUAAGGUGCGGUCUGAAGAAGAAGACGAAGAGUUUGGAUUUGAAAUCCUGCUUUAUCACUACCCUAAGGAGUCUCAAAGCAGCUAACAUUCUCCUUUCCCUUCCUCCCCCACAACAAACACUCUGUGAGGUGAGUGGGGCUGAGAGACUUCAGAGAAGUGUGACUGGCCCAAGGUCACCCAGCAGCUGCAUGUGGAGGAGCGGAGACGCGAACCCGGUUGCCCAGAUUAUGAGUCUACCGCUCUUAACCACUACACCACACUGGUUCAUGACAUAUCAACUUAGAUGCAACUAAGCAGCUUUAGUGUCUGGAUGGAGGGGGCUUCUUUUAAGCCAACAUGGACGGAUUUAUUUAUUUAUUUGUGAUAUCCUUUGGGUGACUUAAGAGUAGGAUAAAAAAACAUACCAAGCACAAUAUAAAGCUAAAAUAAAACAAACAGAAGCAAAAUAUUAAAAUAGCAGAACAAAAUGGGGGGGGGGGGGAGUUUUUUAUCUGCAGCCGAAAAAGACCACAAAUAUGCAAUUCCCUUUCAGCCAUGAAGUUCACUGGCUGAAACAGUCAUUAUUUUAUUCAUUUAUCCAUCACAUUUAUAGCAUGGUUCUCUUCACCAUCAUUUUAUCCUCACAACAACCUUGCCCAUUAAUUCUCUUAAUGAGCCAAGCCUGGGGAUUGAGAGAGGGUUGAAACCCUGGUUCUUCUGGAGACCUCCUUCCAUUGCCUCCACUUUCAAAAUCUAGACUGCAAUCUUCUUGGGGAAGGGACCUGCCAUCUUUAUACAGUGGUACCUCGGGUUACAGACAUUUCAGGUUACAGACUCCGUUAAUAGUACCUUGGGUUAAGAACUUUCCUUCAGGAUGAGAACAGAAAUUGUGCGGCGGCGGUGCAGCAGCAGUGGGAGGCCCCAUUAGCUAAAGUGGUACUUCAGGUUAAGAACAGUUUCAGGUUAAGAACGGACUCCAGAACGAAUUAAGUUCUUAACCUGAGGUACCACUGUAUAUGUCCUUCCAGCAUUGUAUUUAAGCCAGAGGAGGCAAAGAAUUGACUGCAGGCAAGAGAACUGGGAUGGUGGAGGAGGGCACAGCACUCUCCACCCAGCGUGGAAAACCAAGCAGGCUGCCAGAAGAGAGAACUUUUUCUGGCACAGGCCCUGAGGACCCAUGUCCUAACCCUUUACCAUACAUUUCCACGGAGGUAGUGCUCCUGUUGCAACCCACCUUGGAUCAGGUUGCAAUCAGUUGAAGAUCAGGGCUUCAUGCCAAACACAGGUAAAGGUACUUUUCUAACCGUGCAGGGGUCCUUUACCUUUUUAUGCCAAGCACGGAAAUGCAGUAGGGCUGCCUGAUAUAGCGUGCUCCAUCUCGCUUCUGCCACCUAUAAAAGUAUUUUGCAGCCUGGCAACUUUUGCAGCCUUGUUACUCUGUGGUGCUACAACAGCAGCCUUUGUUUAGAAAGUAUGCAGCGCAGCAUCCCUCAGAAUUCAAGCCUGCUUCUUCUCUGCCAACGGCGCAGCAACUUCUCUAGUAACAAACGCCCUACUAAGGAACUCCCUGGAGCUGCAAUUGCAAACCCCCACGGUGUUCAAACUCGACCUCGUGCAGGGUUAAGGCUCGCCUAAGGGCCGGCCUGGCUCUGCUAGAGACUGCCCUAGUUCCUAGGCUACCAUCCCAGUCCACGGGGCGCGCUUCCGAAUGAGAGGCAGCACUUGAGCUCAGGGCUGUGACUGAGCCGAACGCUCCAAUCCGUGGGAAGGGAAGGGACGGUAACGUCACGACGCGCGCGCGGCUGCCGCGUCAGGAGGACCUUCUGCGCAUGUGCCUGACCAACGAAGGCGGGGAGGAAAAGCAGGUCGGGCGCGCGCCUGCCCAUUCAACUUCCUCUUCGCGCCUGUCAGUCUCGGUGAGUUCGAGAGCGUCCGAGGCAGGGGAGCCUCGCGCGGAAAGGAACGGAUACGCCACGUGUUGGACUGGCGGGGAGGGGGGCCUGAGCGAGGGAGAGAAAAAAGGCGGGCUUGCAUCGGGAGCGCGCUCCUGAGCGGAGCCAGAGCCGGGAGCGCGGCGUCUCCCGGCUGGCAGAAAUUGAUUUGAGGGGCGGGCAGUUGUAGGAGGGUUGCAGGUGACGAGCGAAGCGGGCGGGACCCUCUAGUGGAAACUCAAAAGGGGGGCGGGCUUUCUGAGCUGCGCCCGACUCGAGGGAGGGAAGGCAGAGCCUCGUCCUAGAAGGAGGCGUUGCUUCACCACCACCAACCACCGCCCCCAUCCUUUUCCUUUGACAGGGUGUCACUCCAACGACUUUCUCUUCUCGGGGUUGUGUUUUGUUGGCCCUGUCAGCAAAAGGGGCCACCCUGGUCCUACUCAGCCCUCUCAGAUGAUUUGCUUAGAUGCUGUGCCUCGGCUGCUGCAAAACCCAUUUCGGCCCUGGGUUAUGUGAAGUAGUCAGUUUUAUUGAAGAAACAUGUUCUGGACGCGUGUGCAAAGUUUCUUUCCCUUUCUCUGCUGAGCCACUGAGCAUCUCUACCCUCGCGCGCGCACAUACGGGGGCAAGAGGUGGAGAGUGUUUUGGUAGGCAAGUGAGCUUUUGAAAAAGCGUCUGCCACAACACUUCUGGGUAUUUUUUUGGGGGGGGGGAAUAACCUCUUGGGAACUGCAGAGCAACAUUGCAGGUCUGGUGUGCAAUUUAUGCUUAGUAAUUCCAUUGCCGUGUCUUAUUUUAUUUUUAUUGCUAAAACCUAUCAAGGUAAACGGACCCCUGACCAUUAGGUCCAGUCAUGGCUGACUCUUGGGUUUCGGCGCUCGUCUCACUUUAUUGGCCGAGGGAGCAGGCAUACGGCUUCCAGGUCAUGUGGCCAGCAUGACUAAGCCGCUUCUGGCGAACCAGAGCAGCGCACGGAAAUGCCGUUUACCUUCCUGCCUAUUUAUCUACUUGCACUUUGACGUGCCUUUGAACUGCUAGGUUGGCAGGAGCAGGGACCUAUACACACCUGCAAUUGCAGCAUGGAAUAAGAGGAAAUAAUAUUGACAAAUACAGUCUUCGGUUUUAAAUAUUUAUAAACCUGAAUUAAGCUAUGGCUUAAUUACACGGUAUUGAGUAUUGCCAUUGAACAUCAGGAGCCCCAGAUAGAUUAAAUUAAACCUAGUCCUUGAAUGUCCAUUGUGCAGGAAAAUACAGGAUAAAGUUUCCAACUGUUUUGGUUUAAUGGUUGACUUCUGUUUUGGUAUAGGUUAAGCUCAGCAGAAUUCUGAGUAAAUAUGAAUAGGAUUGCACUGUAACUCUCCUGAAGAAGAGCCUGCUGGAUCACGCCAGUGCCCCAUCUAGUCCAGAAUUCUGUUCUCAAAGUGGCCAACCAGAUGCUUAUGGGAAGCCAGCAAGCCCGAGCUGAGUGCAGUAGCGUGCUUCCCACUUGUGAUUGCUAGCAAGUGGUAUUCAAAGGCUUACUGCCUCCAACAGUGGAGGGAGAACAUAGCUGUUGUGGCAGUCAGCCACUGAUAGCCUUCUCCACGAAUUUUUCUAAUCCUCCUUUAAAGGAAUCCAGGCUGGCAGACAUCACUACCUCUUGGGGAGUGAAUUCCAUGGUUUAGCUAUGCAUUAUGCAGAGAAAUACUUCCUUUUUUCUGUUCUGCACCUUAUAACAUUCAGUUUCACUGGAUGUUCAUGAGCGCUAAUAAUAUGUGAUAUUAUUGAUAUAUAUGUGAUAUCUUGAUCUGUUUUUUUUUCUAGACUAUGCAUAAUUUUAUACAUCUCCCUUCUUUCUUGCAUUUUCUCUAAAUUAAAUACCCUUAAAUGUUACAACCUUGCCUCAGAGAGGAGCUGCUCCACCCUCUUUAUCAUUUUGGUUCAGCUUUUCCAGCUCCUGAUAUGCAUGAUUUAUGUAUUUAUAAUUUCUGGCUUCUGUCAGAUUCUCAGAAAAGAUAAACACUUUGAGUUUCUAGGUCAGGAUUUGCUUUUGUUUUCACAAUGGUUUGUGAAUUGUACCAUGUUGUCAUUUUAAUGCUUCACUGCUUGACUCAUGGACCAUUGACAACCAGGCAUUAUCCUUGUUAUCAAGCACAGAUGAAGAACAUGUGGACCUCCAGAGGUUGUUCGACUACAACUCCUGUAAUCCUGACCCUUGAGUAUGCUGGUUGGAGUUGAUGGAAAUUGGAGUUCAACAACACCUGGAGACCUGCAGAUUCCCUAUUCAUGCUCUAGUCUAGACUAUCAUUAAGGCCUAGCACGAGACAGAACUAAAGGGGGAUAUCUGGGGACAGGCUUGCCAUUUUGUAUGUUUGAUUGUCAAAUGUAAACUGUGGGACCUUUCAAUCUUUUCUGGCCAUGUGGGAUUAUAGCUCCCUAUCUGCUUAAACCAAGAGAAUAAGUGUUGCUCUGUGCAUGAGUAAAUCAGCAGCAGAACAUACAAGUAAACAUGCAUAGAACUUAGAUCAUGGCUGUGAUUCCUUUAGUCCAGCUGUAUUCUAUUGGCCUUUCCCCAAAUAAUAGUGGUGGUUUAGCUUGUAGAAUUGGAUUGGUUACUUUGAUUACACUUCCGAAAUUUAUGAUCAGCUGAAGUUACAUUUUCUUUGACAUCUCCUGGAACUACAGUGGUACCUCUGGUUACAUAUGCUUCAGGUUACAUACGCUUCAGGUUACACACUCCACUAACCCAGAAAUAGUGCUUCAGGUUAAGAACUUUGCUUCAGGAUAAGAACAGAAAUUGGGCUCCGGCGGCAGCAGCAGGCCCCAUUAGCUAAAGUGGUGCUUCAGGUUAAGAACAGUUUCAGGUUAAGAACGGACCUCCGGAACGAAUUAAGUACUUAACCUGAGGUACCACUGUAUAGCCAUCUGCACUUUUGCCAAUGUAAUCCAUCCAGCUAAAUUCUCCUUGUGAACAGAGACUGAGUAAAAAUUUGAUUUUGCUGAUAUCCCUGGCAGCAUUAGAGAAUUCUUUGCUCUAAAGAUUACUUUGCUGGAUGCAGUAAUGGCUUUCGCUGGAUUUGCCUUUCCCAUAGUAGCAUAAUCAAAAAGGCUGCAUUUGCUCACUGUCCUACCUGUGGAUUUAUCUCUGUAUAUAAACUUUAGGGGCAGAAGCCAGAAUUUUGUGACAUCAUUGUUUCUGUUCUUGUUUCAAGGUGAUUUCGGAAAAGCAACUAUGGAAAAAUGGAGCUUAAUGACAAUUACUGCAUUACUAGGCCUUCUUGUCCGUUGGACUGUGUCCCUUGGUUCUUACUCAGGUAGUAAAUAUUCUGAAUGUAUAUGAACUAUUGUAGUGAAAUUACUGUUAGAAGUUUCUUAAAAGGAAAUAAGUAUAUAGUAGUUAAAAAUGAAAGGUAUAUACUAAUCAUCUUCUCAACUCUGAAUAGCCUUGUUCUUUUUUAAAAAAAUGUGUUUUAUUGCUUUUUCAUCAUUAUUAUUUUAUUUGUAUGCUGCCUUUUCAUAGUUAAAACUAUGCUCAAGGCGGCUAACAACAUAGAAGCAGUGCUUUUUUCUGGGGGGAUGCAGGGAUAUGCAUACCCCUAAACAUUUUGUUAAUCCAAAUUUGGCCUCAUUGAGGGGCAGUAUUUCAAUAUGAGUAGGAAAAUGAGAGUACCCCUAAACAUUUUUAAAGAAAAAAGCACUGCAUAGAACUAUUUACAUAAUUAAAAACAUAAAAGUUGUCAUAGGCAAUAAAUAAAGCACAUCAAAAAGUACACAACCAAACUGAAGAAUUUUCACAUGUAACAAAAUUUAAAAUGCAAUAAAGAAUUUCCUUCAUUUCCUGACAGCACUACAACCAUAGCUAUAACUAUUAGAAUAAAGUAGUGUUAUCUUCCCAUUCCCUGUUCCGCCACAUCAUACUCAUAACUAUUUUCUUAGCAUUUCAUGUUUACUUUCAGUUUGAUGAAAAUGAAAUCUAUAUCAUUUAAGCUUGUUAUAAAUCUAAGCCAAAUACAAAAGAGAACAGAAGAAAAUAUUACUGUUGUCACACAAAUGUAGUGACAACUGUAGCUGUCUAAUGUAGUUAUUUAGAAAAAAAAAUUUAGUUAUACAGUACAAGAUUAGGACCUUAGGUUCUUUUCACAACUAUGAUAAACAACAUCUGAGCUCUGUCUGGGUGUUGACCUCUCACAUGAUUCAUGUGAAAGCGAGAGUAGCUGUUCUUCCUGGCCCACCUGCUUUGUUGCAACUCUAGGAACCUGCUUUACAUGUGAAAAGCUCUUUGUGCAGCUUAGAAUCCUUCUGAUCAUGUUGCUUGGGGAGCCUACUCAAGAACAGGCUCCUUUCUUCAGCCUUUCCCCAACAAUACAUGGAUGGUGGGAAGGUGGGUCCAAAAAGCACAACUCUGGUCUCCCUUCACAUUAUUAUAAUCUAGUUACCAUGAUGUGGAAGUCAAAAUGGGAAGAUUGGUAUUUAAUUCUGGUUGUACCCUCACCUGUUCAAAUUAAGUGAACAAAGAGGAAGCAAUUAAGAUUCUGCUAUGUCUAAUGUGUUAUGUUUUUUGGUAUAAUAAAAUUAACUUUCCAGAUGCAAUAGUGUCUGAAUAUUAAGUUACAACUACUGUUCUAUUCUGACGAAAACAUCUAAGAACUAAAAAACAAAACAAAAACAAAAAAGGCCAACACUUUAACAAACUUUCAACAGACAAAGGAGAGUUAAGUUGAAGCUGUUAGUAGUUGUGUAUAUUGCAACUUGUACUGUAUGCCUUGUGUAUUGUAAUGCAUAGCACUGACCUGCUCACUUUUUGUUUAAUGUAUGUAUUGUUAGAUGCUCACUGGGGACAAGGAACAAUUCCUUGCAGUUGAGUAAUUUGUUAGAUCAGUCACUAUGACGGACAGAUAUACUCCCUCUCCCCUACAAUUGGCCAGGGUGGCAAUUCUUUUGUACAUAUAUCAAGUGAAAGUGGUGAUGAAAUGAUGGUAGAGAGAAGCUACAUUUUAUACUUGUUGCCUGUAUUAAUACAAACUGCUUAUGAAUCACAUCACAUGUUUUCUAAAUAGGUACAGUAGUAGCAUAAACCACCAUAAAAGACUUGGAUGCAAAACCCCAAAUGUUCAUUCAUAAAAUCCAAUUAUGUAUCCAAUUUGCUGGUUACCCUCAAAAUGUAUGCAGGUGCUGCCCAAUGCAAUGGCAGUUGAGAUCGAAAGGCUGACAUGAGCGGUUCUAAUUCAACAUAGUUCCAACUUAAGGCAUGGAUAACCAGAUAUAGGAAGGUUACUUCUGUUCUGAGUCCACUAUAUUUCAGAUGCAUCAAGCUUCUUUUUUUACUUUGCUUUUCUCACCAUAUAUUUUCUUCCAGGUGGGUUUGCUGAACUAGUUAGCAUUAGUGAAUGUGGGUAACAAAUGACAUUGAACACUACUGGUUCAAUUUUUUUCAUGGUUAAGAAUAAUAUAAUACAAUGUAAAGGUGAAGAAGAAUUAAUAUGAGGAAUUAAAUUUGUUUUUUUGUGUGAGAAAUAUAUGUUUGUGUCAUCAAGCUGCCCAAAGUCUUAGUUGCUUCUAUAUAUGGGUUGCAUCAAAAGCAAUGGAGAAUGUCCUGGUCUUUGACUGAUCUUAGGGCAACUUUUUAUACUUUUUAUAUUUGGGAACCUCUUGUUCUUCAAAGGCACAUCUCGUUCACUAUAAUAAAGCAGUACUGUAUGCUGCUUUGAGGAUCUGCUUAGUAAUAACUUUUAAAAUGUUAUACUUUACAGCUUUUGUCUCCCUUGCAAAAGGUGUAUGGAAUUAAAAUGUCCCCUUUGGAAGCAAUUCAUUGCCUGCAGCCCAUGGCUUCAAUACUGCACACAUGCUGUUUAAGGCUCACUCAUUACAAUGUGCUUUUGCAACCUAAUUUCCCAGAAUAGCAACCCAAGGCAAAAUAUAAAGUGCAAAAACUAAAAAGAAAGAACCAAAUAGUUUAGCUGAUCAGUUUGGUAUUUAAUUACUCACCACUACUACUUUGCCUUGAGAUGUCAACCUAUAUCCUUUUGCAUCAUAUGUACAAAUAAACCCCAAACAAUUAGAAAUGGGUACCAAUUUUUUUCAAUGCAUUCUGCUUGGUUCAUUUUGGAAAACAACAACCACAAAGCACAGCAGAUGCUAAAAUGCUUGCCCUUGCUUUGUUUACUUUCACUGCUGCCUCAGAGUUGAUAAUUUUAACAGGCCUAGUUUUGACUGAUUCUGGUUUUGUAUUAUAUAUUUUGCUGUUUGGACAUCAGUUCCUCUUUGGUUUUGUAGUGAGAAGAACACUGUCAUAAACUCCUUCUAGGAGAAGCUAUCACUGGUUGGUAAUUUUUGUAGGUUUCUCAGUCUUCCCAGCAUUGUAAAUAAUAGUGAUAGAUAUAGAUCUGCAGUAAAAGACAGCAGUGGUCAAAUAUCAAGCAUUUCCAUCAGACAUUAUUGUUUUCUGUGUAAUCAGUAGGACCCUUGUAGGAAUGUUUCCCAUUCUUUUGGUUGUGCCCUGUACCUGGAGCAUGGGCUGCUGCCAUGUGAAUGUUUUCUUUUGCUGAAUCAAUCCUAUUUCCCUGUAUUCAUCCAUUACGUUGGUAAAUGGGCAGAAGGAAGUUAUUGCACAUGUCUCUUGGCACAUAUUCUUAACUCUCUUCCCAAAUGUCCAUAGAGGAGUCUUCUGUUUGUAGAAGCACUGGCCUAUCUGAAACCCUUUCCUCUUAAUAUCCUUCUUGUAGUAAUUGUCUGCUCUCGGUGUUGCAAAAGGACAGAUUAUGUCCUUCUCUGCUGUUUGUGUGAAUCGCUCAAACAUAGAUCAUAUGAAAGAAUUAUAGAUAGCUUUCCUAUAUUUAAAAGAAACUCUUCAAUCUCCAUGAAGUUAGAGUCAAUACCAUAGAAAUAAGUGUGUGCUCUCAAUAGCUAAUCAGGAACGACAGGAAAUGAAUAAUCUGUGUGCCUAAUUGUUUAAUGUGAUACUGCCACAAUUGGCCUGUUCUGUAGUAUUCAAUAAAGAAGAAACUUGUGCAAAUUUUGUACUGAUUUUAAAAAGUUACAGGAAAAAACAAAGAAUUUCUGACGAGAGAAGAAAGGGGGGUGGGAGGGAAGAAUAGGGAACUAAGAAGAAUACUCAUAAAAGAUGUAUUCAGAAAAUUGAAAUGUAUCCUACGUCUGAUACUACCCCAAGAACUUAUUCUCUUCCUAACAGAGUUGAUUGUAAAAUUACAUGCAAAUACCUGUCACACUUUUGCUACAGAGGGUAUAUUAAUUUCCAAGCAAAGCAUUGAAUUGCAGGCAUUAGUAGAGCAAAAUUAAUUUAUACAUUCAUUAACAAAUGAUAAAUAUAGUUUCCCAUCUUUUUUCUUUCUUUUAAGGUGCAGGAAAACCACCUAUGUAUGGAGACUACGAAGCUCAAAGACAUUGGCAAGAAGUUACCUACAAUCUGCCAGUCAAACAGUGGUAUGCCUAAUUUUGAUUUUUUUUUAUUCCCUUUUUAUAUGGAAAGACUAUAAUCUUGGGGUGCAUAAAACCUUCCUGCCUACACAGCCCUUUGCAGUGUAACCCUACAUAAGGCUGCAAAGAAGUAAGCCCCAGUUAAGUGUACAUAGCAUUGCAGCCAAUUACCAUUUCCUUUACUUAUUUUUGUUUCCCUUGAAAUAUCUCAUUCUAGAGCUACUUAGAUCUAUAUAAUACCUGUAUCUAAAAUGUUUUAGAACAAUUUGGUAAAGUAACAAAAAAUAUAUAUCGUAUAACGAUUCCUGUCAUCUGCCUUUAAGAUGCGAUCCACCAAUUUUAAUAUUUUAGCAAAAUUAAUAUUUGAAAAAAAUAUUUUCCAAUUUGUCCAGUUAAAUAUAUUUUAUAACUAUCAGUACCGAUUUGUAAGUGAUACGAAUUCUCUGAAAACUGGAGUUCAGACAUAAGCAGUAGAUUUCUGGUUUCCAUAUCUCUCAACUUGUAAGGGUGGUGAGCCCAUUUACAUGGCCCGCUCUCAGAGACUGAUGGGACCAGAUAUGUUCCUGAAUGCUCUGGGGAAUUUUCCAGUGGAGAAAGCAGGUGAUCCUGUCAAAGACCUUGUCGCUAUGGAAUGGCAAGAGGAAAUGGGCAGUAGACACAAUCACUGCAGAGCAUUCUCUCUGGCAUUUUCGAGCCCAAGGAGUUCUUGGUACUCUCAGGAUUUCCAGACUGUAAAACAGUCCGGAUGAAGACUGGAGUGCAGGUGGCGCAAGUCUCACUCUGAAGCCAACUGAACACUGCUAAGAACACACAGUCGUGCCUAUAAUGUGGCAGUGAGGCUGCAAAAAAAGAAGAAGGAGGCUUAUUUUGCAGUGCACAUUGGGUCCUCUAGUUCUGUUGCCAAUUUGCUACUGGACCAACUUCAAGGUGUUACAAAGCCCUUAACAACUUGGAACCAGUUUACCUACAAGAUUGCCUUUUAGAGCAUAUUUUGUCAUUACAUUGUGUCCUCCAGUUGUAAUAAAUUGACCACUUUGAUGUGCAGAAGAUGCUUCCUUGCCACAUGGUCAAGUCAUAACUUAUCUUUUAUACGUGCUCAUAAGUUGAGCACAUAAAGAACAGUACAAUAUUAAGAACAAUAGCAGGGCUGCAAGAUACUUUGGAGGUUGUUGCCUAACAAUAGAGAAUACAGUGGUACCUUGGUUUACGAAUUUGAUCCAUUCUGGAAGUCCGUUCUUAAACCAAAGAGUUCUUAAACCAAGGUGUGCUUUCCCAUAGCAGCGAGAGACUCAAUUUACAAAUGGAACACACUCAACAGAAAGCGAAACAUGUUCUGCUUCCAAGGCAAAGUUCACAAACCAAAACACCUACUUCCGGGUUUGCAGUGUUCUUAAUCCAAGUUGCUCAUAAACUAAGCUGUUCUUAAACCAAGGUACCACUGUACUGGGAUAAUCGGCCAAUUGACUUGGUAUACUGUCACUGUAUAUAGUAAUGAUGUUGUUGUUUUUACUAUGUGUGUGUGUGUGUGUGUGUGUGUAUAGAGAGAGAGAGUAAAGAGAGAAAUUGUUUGCAACAUGACCUAAUUGCAGGAAUGUAUUUGUCAUAAAAUGUGUGGUUGGUAUUGGUAUUGGUGAGAAAGGGGGAAAAGAUUGCUUAAGAAUUAGCUGUUUUUAGAAGUUGAUAGCAGCAUUAAAAUUUACAGCCAAUGGAAUGAUAACCAAUAAAUCUGCACUGUCUGCCAUCAAAACCAAAUACUGUACUACAAUUAGCCAAUACAUGCUACUAAUUUAAAUUUGGAAACUUACAAUUUGUUCUGCAUAUAUUGCUGUAUAGUAUAACAGUGUGAGCAGUGUAAAGGGAUGAGAUUUCAUUGUUUGGUGACAAACAAAUUUGUGAUCCCCUGUACUGGGUGCAAGGUGGCAUCUUUUGAACGUUUGCCCCCUAAAGUCCUUGCCUUCGAAAAGGCAAUGAUUACUAUUAUUAUUCAGGUAUGCUCAAAUGGUAUUAUCAUGUACUCCAUGUUCACUUCCUUUGUUCUGGAAAAAAAGUAUAUUAAAAAAGGUAGGCAGUAAAUGAGAAAUGUGAUUUGUAUGUAGUUUUCCUGUAUGUAGUUUUUCUGAGCCAGAGGCACAAAUUUAAAUAUUUCUGCCUUCUCUAUCUUUCUUUGGAGCCCAUGCAUAUUUAUCAAAGACAAUCUUGACAGCAUCUUUUUCUUCUUAUAUUGCAUGUUAGAAAUGUGACAGUUCUUACCUUUUUUUCACACCUAUACACAAACUUUUUCUUUGGAAUCUAAGUUCAAAUAAGAGCAUGGAAUUGAAUGAGAUAUUUACUAGUAAAUCGCAAGACAUCAAUAUCCAAAUGAAGGAGUUAAAACUAUCCUGGCAUGAGAAAUUUUAAAUGGUGGGAUAAGGGGCAGAGAUGCAGCUUUAAGAAAUAUGAUUUAUCAUGAAUUGUUCAUAAGAUACUUCAGGCUGCUCAUAAGGUAUUCAAGAAAUAUCAUUUAUUGUAAUAAAUGUCAAAAAUUGGCUGCAUUUGAGUGGAUAGACUGGGAAAGCUAAGAACUUGCCCCUUGGCAAUUAUAAAAUACUAGUCACUCUGUUUCACUGAGAUUUAAAGGUUCUGAUGUCUUAUUUUUGUAACUUUUAUUUUCAUUGAAUAAAAUCUUCUGCCUUUCAACUUGAAGAUGUGGCUAAAUUCUGACUGCUCUCCACAGAAACAUAAGUACAGAAAAGUCGUAUGAAUGAAAUUCCUUUAUCUUUGCGCUUUCUUAUUGUCCUCUAGAGGUUACUUUCUUGGGCUAGUUUAGAGGGCCUGUUGAAUUUGUUGUUAUUGGUAUGACUGAACAGGCUCAUGACCUUUGUCAUCUAUUGUGCUGACAACUUGGUACUGUUGUAAUUAAGUAGAGUUUACUUUUUAGCACCUCCUAAUUCUUGUGAAAGCCAGCAGUACAAUUUGGAUACUGUUGAUAUGGAGCAGCUCAGGUUCAGUAGUUUGUUAGCUCACAAGAAUGGCCAAUCAUUCUUUUAGCUCAGAUGUUUGGGUUUUGUGAUUUUGGAGAACUAGUGUUGGAUCUUAGAAUCCCUUAGAUAAAAUUGCGCUUAAGACUGCAAAACCUUGAAGGCUGUAAUGCUCUAACCACUUUUGUGGGUGAGCUGAGAGUUUGUUUGAACCCUGGGUUAGAAUCCGGAGCCUUAGAGGGAGAGUGUGUCAGUAACUAUAUUAGUGACUUUGUAUUACUGUAACAUUUUUAUAUGCAACUCUGUAUUUCUUUAAUACUAAAGUUGUAUUUAGUAUUUAGUAAACUUUAAUUCUAAAGUUGUCUGUUGACACUUUAGAAAACACCAUCUUGUCAAAGCCACGGACUUUGUUAGAUGAGGGUCCUUGGGUACAUAUCUUCAGCUGAAGGUGAUUGCAGAAGGUUUCAGGAGAAAGGCUGGUCAGGUUGGGGAAAAGUGUCCAAUGAAUGUAGGACUGACUGGAAUAGAGCCUUGUAUUUUUGGAGCUGCUCACAUAUAUUGAAAAAGUAAAAUUAAUGGCCCUGAUGAAUCAGAUCUUGUGAAUCAUGGCAAUUGGAACAAUAAUUACCUUUCAUAGCCCAGUAGAUUUUUGAAUUAUUCUAGCUUUGUUUCCUAGAAAUGAAAAUGUAUUUCCCAGAACAAUAUCAGCUGGUUACAGGCACAAAUUUUAUAUCCUUCAGAAUCUUUAUGUCUUGUAUUCUGCCAUAACACAAACAUCAACAAUUGCAUCCAAAAACUCAGGCAAGUCUUUGUUUUAUUUAAAAAAAGAAUCUACAACAAAAAUGCAGUAAGAGCCAUAUUUUAAUUUUAUUUUUUUUACUCUUAUACUGAAACUGUCCAGCUUCGUAGAAAAACAACAUGACCCUGGGUUGUAUCCAUUGGUUGUGCGAGUAGAAUGCUGCCUGGGUGGAAUGCAACAUGUAUAACCAAUCUGUCUUGUCCUCUCUUCCCCCCUGGAAGUGCUCUGUAUCCCAUGCAACCCCUCCCUAUAGGGUUUGGGACACUUCUGAACAGUAAGGACUGUGGUUUACUGGGCUGCAGUGCAAGUGGGGAAUUGGACAGCACUGAGCAGGGGGAUCUUGCUGCAACGGGGAAAGGGAAGGAGGAAGAUCUGCAUUCUGUGUGAGCUGCAUUCUGAAGACAUAUUUAUUUCAGGGUUUCCUUUUCUUUUUCAGGUACUUCAACACCAGUGACAAUAAUUUGCAAUACUGGGGCCUUGAUUAUCCGCCUCUUACUGCUUAUCACAGUCUUCUGUGUGCUUAUGUGUAAGUUAAAUAUGUGAGCAUUAUUUUAAAUGCCUUUUGAUUGCUAGAAGAAAUAGAAAAAUGCAGGCUGAUCCAUGUAUGGGAAUUCUGAUGCACACCUACAGCAUUCCCCAUUCACAAUAAGUGUGGCAAUUACACACUUAUGACCGUGUACACACAAGCAGCAUGUGGGAGUGCUUACCCGUGUGGUAAACAAUCACAGAUGAGACAGCUCUGUAUCUCCUGAUUAUUUAGUGGAUAAAAGGGAGUUUGUAGUUGGCUAAGUUUCUAUGGCUACCUCAUGAGAAGAGAAGAGAAGAGAAGACUCCCUCGAAAAGACCCUGAUGUUGGGAAAGAUUGAGGGCACAAGGAGAAGGGGACGACAGAGGACGAGAUGGUUGGACAGUGUUCUCAAAGCUAAUAACGUGAGUUUGACCAAACUGCAGGAGGCAGUGGAAGACAGGAGUGCCUGGUGUGCUCUGGUCCAUGGGGUCACAAAGAGUCGGACACGACUAAAAACAACAACAACAAAGUUUCUAUGUACAGGCAACUCACAAUUUAUGCAGGGGUUACAUUCCGAGGCACCACGUGUUUACGUGAAAUCACGUAUAUUUGAAACGCCAUUGUAAAAGUCUGCAGGCAACCUCUGAAACUCCCUGAACAAAACCCUUUAAAAACCAGCAGCACUUACCAGGCGCCAAACUCCACCAGGGUCACUCCCUCCAAACCUCCUUUCUCAAACUCAGACCUUCCACAGGCCUCAAAGGUCAGUGCAAGCGCUCCUGGAAUUGCACUUGCAAAGGCUCAUGGGAUUGCUAGGUGUUUUUUUUGUUCUUUUUUCCCUUUCUGGGCUAUUUUUUCCACUUUUAAAGUCACACGAUGCACGCAUGUGCGAUUGUGUGUCAGUUGGACACGUGUAAAUUGUUAGUUGCCUAUAUUAUGUGGUAAUGCAAUACCCAGCAUUGUGCCAGAAGAUGUGGCAUGACUUCCUCUGCCUUAGUGUUAUGCCUGAAGCAGAGAUUGUGGUCUAUUUUACAUAUUCUAUGAUCAGGAAGCAUUUAUGGUUUGUUUGGAGCAAAAUAAUCCAUGAUUGCCUUUUUGGAGAAAACACCAAGGCGCGUUUUGUAGUUUGUUGUUGCUGCUCACACUGGGAGGGUGGGGAGUGAAAUGGGAGCCAUCAACACGCAUUAACUAUGGUUUGCUGUGGUGCACAAACAUAGCCUGUAUGUGAAAAGAUAAAAUCUUUUCAGUUCUCUGUAUUGCUGAUAAGUGCUUAAUUAUAAUUGAAACUGAAGCAGUUUCUUCAUGAUGAUUCUAUGUGUGUCAUCUGCAUUUGUUAAGCUGAAGCAAUUAGCAGUGUGAAUAGUCUACUUUUUAAUAUUUUGAUGCUUUGUUUUAUAGAGCGAAAUUAAUCAAUCCAGAUUGGAUUGCUCUGCACACAUCUCGUGGGUAUGAGAGUCAGCCACACAAGCUAUUCAUGCGGGCAACAGGUAGAAAAUAGCCUUUUUUUCGACAUAAGUUCGAAAUGUUCCUGAUCCAGUUCUAUUUUUUGCAGUGCAGAUUACCCAUACAAGGGGUGUUCUUAAGGUGUAAAGAUGCAAGGAGAUAAAUAAUUCUAACUGGGAAUGGCCUCAGCCCCCUAAUGCUAAAGCAAUUUCCUGCUGACAAAAGACUAUAGUGGGAGAGAUUGCUCAAGGUAUGGGUUACAUGGUCAGGGGUACAACUGACAGCCACUGCUCAUGACCCAAUAUUUCAGAUAAAUUAGACUGAAGGGCAUAAGAGACAGAAUCUUUUCAGGGUUGACCUCAUACCUAUGGAAUAUGUGCUUCUUGGCUCCACUAGUUCAUGCUUUUUAAAAUGGGUCUCAAAAAUCCAACCAUUUGGGGCUGCUUUUAGUUGAUAUGCUGGGCUGAAUGUUAAACUAUUUAAUGAUCUGUGGAGAAUAUAGUUUUUAAUUCUUUAGAUAUGCCAAUGUGCUGCUGGCUGUGAAUUGUUUUAAUCUGUGGUUUUAUAUAUUAUUGGAAAUUGGACAUUAUAGGUUUUUUUUGUUUCUGUCUUACAAGGUAACACGGUAAUAUUCUACAGUAAUGGCAGUAUAUUGAGAAGUUACCUAUUUGACAUAAUAGUUUUGCCAAUUCCUACUAUAUAACGUUAAGUUUUGAUAGCACUCUGAAGUUCAUGUCAGUUAUUAACUAUGGCCUAUGCUUGUCUGUUUUUUUUAAAAAAGAAUUUCAUAGUUCUUUUCUGUUAGUUUUUAAAUUUAGCGGUUGGAAGGGCUGUCAUGCUCAGGGAUUUUUAAUACUGAAGUAACGAAAUUAUAUAUUUUUAAGAAACAUUGGAAUGAAGAAGGUGUUAUUACGCACGUUCAAAAUCAAAUGCUUAUAGGUGCUGUGAAUCAUUAUAUAGUAGCUUUUCCCAGGCUUCAAAAAAGUUCCAAUAUACAACUAAAAGUUCAGUGUUCAUUUGCCUUUACAGCUAAACCAAAUGGAGGAUAACGACAAUGAUAAUUCUCAGAUGCGUAUCAAUUGAUAGUUCACGUGGUGAUCAGUGAAGAAAAACAUGGACAGCAUUGUCACAAGAGUAAUGUAUCAGGCAGCCCAGACAAUGCAUUUAUUGGGUUAUAUUCAGUCUUCCUCUGUUUCACAGGAUUGACUGAAGUCCUGUAAAAAUCUCUUAUGACGUGUCAGCAUUGUCUUAUUGCUGAUUAUCCUGGGCAGAAGCAGACACUCCUCCACACCACCUCUUGCAUUGGCCAGAAACCUUUCCAUCUGGUCUCUAGUAAUUGAUUAUAUUUUAAAAAUCACUAGAACCAAAUUACCCUUGAAAUGGUCUUUAAUAAUGCUCAAAUCAACACGCCUGACAAAUCAUUGAUGUACAAACUAAGAAAAUGGAUAGACAUUCUUUUUAACAAUUGCCAUUAAACGAGUGCACCAGGGUUACAAAAUUCAAUACAGUUAAAUGUUGACCAUUAGUUUUAGAUGUUUUAGAAGAUUCUCUCUGUGUUUCUGAAGCACAUGCACAGACAACAGAUUCUGCCAAAUAAAUAAAAACCAUAGGAGUCCCGGAGCUCAUUCAGAUACCAGGAUGUGGCAUUUCAUGAGUGAAUCCUGAAGAGCCUUGACCUCAGACACUCUUUUGUCCCUUGUGUUGUGGUCCCCACCUUUACUUUCGCAUUUCUGGCAUACCAUAGUUUACCAUUUCCCCCCCCAAUCUGGGUAAAAUAUGGUAUUGCCCAUGAACCAGGAUGGCUUACUGUUCUGUCUGAAUAACUCUUUAGUGUUGGGCUUCCAGAACAAAUAGUAUAGAGCUUCUGAGACAAGGCAAUACUUUUAAAUGAUCAAUAAUAAUAAUAAUAAUAAUGAUAAUAAUAAUUUUAUUAUUUAUACCCUGCCCAUCUGGCUGAGUUCCCUCAGCCACUCUGGGCGGCUCCCAAUCGAGUGUUAAAAACAAUAUAGCAUUAAAUAUUAAAAACUUCCCUAAACAGGGCUGCCUUCAGAUGUCUUUUAAAAAUAGGAUAGCUGCUUAUUUCCUUGACAUCUGAUGGGAGGGCGUUCCGCAGGGCGGGUGCCACUACUGACAAUUCCAGUUGGCUUGAAAUAGUUAACAGUAGUCUCUGUUCAAAAAUGCCUGUGUUGUGAAGAGCUCUCCAAACCACUGUGUUUAUACUACCCCAGCAUCAUAUUCCAGGUGGCUGGUGUGUUUGUGUGUGUAUUUCCUAAAUUUUUUGCUUUGAAAUCCUGUAAUCUAAAGAAGAGUUCAGUAUCACUCUCUUCCAUCAUUUUGAAUAUUAUGGGUGCAAAUAAAGGUAUCAUUUCAGUUGCUCUACAUCUUAAAAGAAAUUUCAAGGUUAUAUUCUGUCAUCUUGGAGGAAUUUGGGGUUCUAGUCUUACACGGUUCUGAGCACAUGGGCUACAAUCCUUAUGUAGAGUUAAGUCUUCUUUAAUCUCAUUGACUUCAGUGGAAUUGAAGUGUCCUGUGUGCAGGAUUGAAGGGUUCAGCUUUAACUCUGUCAAGGACAUUUUAAUUAUAAAUGAUUAAUUUUAAACAUUUAGGGAAGUUAUUGGCAUUCUUUGAAUGUAACUGAAUGAAGUGAGUCAGAAAAAGAAAGAAAGCUAUCCAUUUUGAUUUCAGAACUGCUAUGAGGAACUGCCCUGCAAGCAGUUCAUUCUUUGAACUCAUGUAUAUAUGGCUUGAACAGCUUCUGGGAUUACUAUUUUAAACAUGUCAUAAAACCUUUAAGCAGAUUUCGAGUGGCAUUGGGCUGAUCUUUUUGCAGCUAUACCUCUUUGGUAGCAUUUCUGAAGGAAGCACUUGGUUUUAUGAGAACUCAUUAUCAGCUAUGAGUACCAGCCCUAUGAUGCCACUGGAUCAAAUUUUGUAGAGUUUUCCUAGCCUUGAGGCUAGCUGGUUUCUGAUAUUACCAUAUUGACAGUAUUAUGACUUAUGUUUAAAAUAGUAAUCCCAGAAACUGCUCAUGCCUUAUAUACAAGACAUGACUCCAAAAAAAAUUACUGCUUUAAGGUAGCUCCUUGAAGCACAUAUCAUUACUGUAUGAAAAUGAGGCUUGCCGGGGGCUCACUUGGAGAUGGUGUUUCUACAAUUAGAAGCUCAAGCACUAAGAGAUGAUACAGCUUCUAUGUUGUUUUCCCCAUUGAUUCCUUUACAUACCUUUCCCCGCUGCCUACCGCACAAGGAGUCCAGUUUUACCAUCCUGCAGGCAGGGGAAAAGGAGUGGAAAAGGAAUACCAAUAUGUGAGAGACAUAUUGACUGUGUCCUUGUUCAGCACCUUAAAACAUUUUAAAAAGCAGGGAUGGGGAGCUUUUUUCCAGCUGCAUUUAGGUUUCAAGGGCCAGACGUGGGCAGGGCAAAAGUGGGAAAGUUAUGAAGGUAAAUUUUACCUUUGUGCAGUAGCCUAGUUUCUUCUGUCUCUCACUUUUCUCUGUCUUCUAGCUAGACAAGCACUAGAAUUCAGGGACACAUUCCAGCCAGACAAAAGCACUUGGGGCACAAAGAAGGGACAGUGAGGGGUGUGGCCUGGGGAGAGUUCCGAGGGCCAUAUAAGGAUGUCUGAAGGGCCACAUUCAGCCCCAGACCUGGCAUUCUUCACCCCUGAUUUAAAGGUGUAGACUGGACACUAUCUCAGGUUGAGGAUCUGUCAACCACAGCAUGAAUCCUGUAUUUUCUUGUGGCCACAGAAUCUUUGAAAAGGAUAUUAUUCCUAAAUCAGUUUUGAGUGUAUGUGCAGACUUACAUCUGGUUGAACUGUAUGUGUGUAAUGAAUUAUUGUGUCUAUAGCACAUAAGAGUUAAUCUUGGCUGCUUUUGAUAUUUUAAAUAAUUCAAAUAUAUGUCAGAUGCAGGUGAUGGGGAAAUGGUUAUGGGGGAAGGCCAAGAAUAAUAGCAUUGUCACAGUUAGGAGACAAUAUUUGAAGCAGAAUAAUCAAUAGCCCAGUUGGCUAAUAAACAAUAGUAGUUUGAUUCAUACAUAAAUAUAUUUUCUAUGUUUCAGUUUUUGUUGCUGAUAUGCUAGUUUACAUACCUGCAGUAAUCUUGUACUGUUGUUAUUUAAAAGAGACUUCAGCUAAGAGGAAGGUUGGUAUGAUUUCUUUUUCUUUCUUUUUUUGGACUUGCGAUGAAAACUUUUCUUCUAGAAUGGAAGGCAAGCAUGGGGCUACUUAAUGCUACAAAAUCAGAAAAUAUUUUCUUCUAACAUAAAAUUGAUAGCACAAAUUGCUAGUUUGUUUUAUAGUUAAUAAUGUUACAUUGACCUCAGUUACUGGAAAGCCUUGCAAAAACAAAAUGUGUUGCAAGUAAUGUUGACCAUUUUUUGUAUAAUUAAGAAACAAGGAUUGCAAAAACAAACAAACAAACAAACAAACAUAGUAUGCAGCAUAAUGCAAAUUAUAUUUUUACUCAGAAGUAGGUCCCAUUAACGUCAGUGGAAUUUAGUCCCAAGAAAGAUCGCAUAGGAUUGUGGACUUGUUUUUCUUCAUUAUAAAUACUUUUGCCCUGCUUUUCCACUAAAAAUGCCCAAGGCUGCUAACAAUCUGGUAAUGGCCACAGGAAAAGCCUUCUCCCAGGCCACCUCCAAACGCCACUCAGAUGUUGAUAGGACACAGAUGUUGAUAGGAGCCUCUACAUCAGAUGUACCUGCUCACAUUGGAAGAGACUUUCUUUUUAGCCUUACUUGCACUUUAGAUGCUCCCCGCCCACUUCCAAUGUCGCUGCCCAAUGAAGGUCACAGAUCUUACUGUAGUCAAAUAUUUGUGUGUGCUUGGGGCUAAAUUCAGUACAUGCUUUUGAAUCCCACAUUUAACAUUUAGACUGGCCCUUUUAAUAGCCACGAAUAGCUGGCUGAAUCACAGUUUUGGCCAGUAGAACAAGAUAUGUUUGUAGAGUGAUGCAGUGGAUUCUCCGUUGCCUUCUAUGCAUUGUUUCAGCUGGGAGAAGUGAAACUUGUUUAAGGUCACAUACUCUUUUGAGGUUGCAUGGGGAUGAAAACAUUUUUUCAUGGGCAGCCUGGGCUGCGUACCAGUAGGCAGCAGGACAAGGGGCAAAAUGCAGAAGAGCAAUGGAUGUGCCUCUUACCUUUGUAUUCUUACAAGUAGGACUACAUUCCAGCCUUGCAAAAGUCACACACCCCUUUUCCUUCUGUCCUCAAGACAAGUAAGCAAGCUCCAUCACAGUUCAAAGCCUUAUUCCAAAGCAGAAAUACUUAAUGAGGAUGUAGACCAGGGCUGCUGAGAAGUGUGGCCUGAGGGCCACAUAGAGAGGCUUGGAGGCUGCACUUGGCCCCCAAGCCUGAGGGUUCCCCACCCUUGUUCUAGUAUGUGAUGACUUAUUACAAAAUUAGCGUAUUUAUGUUUCUUUUAAUGUAGAAUGUCUGUCUUUCUUUCCCAGAUUUCUAGUGCUCUCUGCAUACUGCUUUAUCCGGGACUCAUUCUGAUUGAUUAUGGACAUUUUCAGUAUCCUUGGCUAUUCCGUGAUGUCAUCUCUUUACACUUUACCAGUUCAAUGGAUUCUCUUAACCCAACACCAAUCUCUUUGCUAUAG